GAUUUUUAAAAUUUAUCAUUGUCAACAGCCAAAUUUACGAGGUACAUAUUCUAUUUUAGCGUCGUUACUAUCAGACCGUUCAUUUUAUUUGUCUCAUCACGCAGUAAACAUUCUAAAAUUUCUUGCGAGUUAAAAUCGUCAUACGUUAAGAAAUCACGAUCUGUUAACAGGCAUGAUUUCGAGAUGUUUAAAUUUGAUUGGUUGUACAUGUACAAAUUCCACUCAUUUGUUCAAAUACUAGUAUUUAUAAGAGUUUUAUUUCACGUUAAAAUUUGUUGUAAAAUUAUUUUGAAAAAAAAAAUGGUAAAAAAGGCAAGAACCAUCAUACUGAUGAUAUCUUUCAUGGUCUUUAUGACUGUGACAAAUAUUGUACGGUAUACACCAAGAAUAACGAAUAUUUCAGGUAAUUAUUUUUUUUAUUUGUCCUUUUAAUUGAUCUGAUUUAAUUAUUUUUGCGAUAAAAAUCUAAAGAUUUUGUGAAAUUCCAGUAAACGGGAGGGUAAAAUUCUUCCCUGUGUAUUUUGUUCACGUGAUAAUUUUUGUCUUUUAUGUCAUGUCUUACACAGUGAAAACUCAGCUUCAAUACACUUGUGAAAAAGACAGGGAAUCUGCAGUGGGAAGAAAAGACAAUGUUAAUGAAAGCGUGUCUAUGACGCUGGUGCUUGGUUAUAUGAGGGGAGGAUCGUCUUUAACCGCAGACAUUAUUCGCUAUAACCAAGGGGAAUUUUAUAUUUUUGAACCCUUACAUGGAUUGAUCGAAAUGGCAAUCAAACAAAAUAGACCGGUCAGAUUUCUGAACGGAACAUCAAGACGGCUGACUCUGAACGAUUCGACUGUUACUGAUAUGAUGGCUGACUUGUUAUACAACUGGUUUACAUGCAAUCUCUGUCAAGUAGAUUUACUCAGUUUGUCCAAUGAAUUUAUUCAUAUUUUUACACCAGAACACGAUCUAUAUUAUAACUGUACACAAAACUAUCUGCCAGGAAUUGUAACCCCACUUCGCGAACGCGUGACCAAAUGUUUACCAAGUUUACAAGAGAAAUGCAUCAAAGCGAGAACAAGGACUUUGAAAACAAUCCGGUUUCCAAUGUCCGCAGUGGAAACCUUGCUUAAGCGGCUACCAUCUUUGAAAGUGAUUCACUUAGUUCGAGAUCCAAGGGCGAUUUUGCACUCACAACUGGUCACAAGCUUAGCAAGUGUGGAAAAUUUCGAUAAUUUUUCAAAGAGUUUUUGUAGAAGAAUGAGUGAAAACAUUCAACAUGAGAAACAGUUGUCGGUAAAUUAUCCUCGUCGAAUCCACAGACUUGUAUACGAGAAUCUCGCUACCAACCCGAGAGAUGUAACCAAACGUUUAUAUGACUUCUUGUUUGCAAUUUUCAAUGAAAAUGUUGAGAAAUAUGUCAAGUCUUUAACAUCUGGACCAGUUUUGCCUUGUGAUUAUUGUACAAAGAGAGGAAAUUCAACGGCCAAUGCCUUCAAAUGGAUGAAGAAAAUUCCAACCAAGUAUCGUCGUCUUAUUGAUAAAAAUUGUAUUUACAUCUAUAGAGAGGUUGGCUAUAUCGAAAUGUCAUCUUUUGAACUGAAUUCCAAGGAUAGAUCGUGGUAUCCAAACGAAUAUCAAAAAUUUUUAACAUUUUAGAACACAGUAUUGCUUCAAUACAAGUUUUUUGUUGAAUGAACCUACAGCAGACCACAUUUUGUAUUCAGUUGACAUUUUUUAAAAAAGAAUAGGUAGCUCACUAAAUGAUACCCCGCCUCCCAUAUGGUUAUAAUGGCGAAGUCCAUGUUUUGCUCUGGGGGACCCAAAAUAAAUGUCAUAUGAAAAGGUAAAAUAGGAGAUGCACAGUGGCAUUAUGUAAUAAAGAAUCUCUGAAAGUAUCAUCAGUGUUUAUUUAGUAAUGCAGGAAGAGUUG